AUGUCAGGAUCUCCGCCGCUUCCACCAAGACGAAACCCCGAAGCCAGCGAUCGUGGUCAUGGAAGCUAUGGAUCGAGUGGACAGGGAGUCUUUCAAGGUACACAGGCGCCUCCGUUAGAGCAGCGGCAGCAGCAGCAGCAGCAACAUUCAGAGCAUAGAGGGCCUCCACUGCACUAUCCACCAGAUUCAGCCCCGCCAGCACCAUAUCCCUCAUACAGGGUAGACAAUAUGCAAUCAGCACAGCUUCAUUUCCAACAACCUCCGCCACAGCUACCUCCGCAACAGCCAGCACUGCACCACAGCUAUCCACCACAUCCCCCGCAACCUCCUGCGCCAUUUUCAACGCCCGAUAGGCCGCCAAUCAGGGAGGCGCCAGAUUUUUCCUCGCCAAAACAGCAACGAAAGACAAAAGGCCAUGUUGCUUCGGCUUGUGUGCCAUGCAAGAGAGCGCAUCUUAGAUGUGACGCACAACGGCCGUGCUCUCGGUGUUUGAGCAACGGGAAGGAGGAUGCAUGUGUUGAUGUCCAGCACAAGAAACGCGGUCGGCCACGCUUACGAGAUGAGAGGGAGUCGAGAUACGAGGGAGUGGGCCCAGGUUAUCCUCCACCAGAAGCUUCAAUGAGGCGACCACUCUCGUUUCACGAGGGCCAGAUGGCCUCUGGUUUUGGAGAUCCUCUUAACAGGUCCGGUUCAUACCGAGUCUUGAAAUCACAAACUGGGUCCAUGCCUGGUCCGAUAGCACCAAGAUAUAUCGACUGGGCAAACGCUGAGAGUGCUAACAUCUAUGGAGGGUCGAUGCCUCCCACACCGAGAAUGCUGCCGCCGCAGGAUCCAAUUUGUGCAUACCUCACCAUGGAAAUGCAGAUUGCCAAAACGACCCAGAACUUCGGCGACACUGUUGCUCUGCAGCCAAUCGUUGGCAGAAAGCUCCAAGAUAUUUUAAGUCCAAACGAUCGUGAAAAGGUUCUCCGGCUGCAGAGGAUAUUUGAGGACGAGCGUCGUGAAAGGGAACCGAAUUAUCUUCCGCCAAUUUAUCUCCACAAGUUUGAGGAAGACAGGGCUAUCCAGUCCGUCGGGUUUGGUCAGGAGGAGGUUGGGCAAUUGCGAACUGAUCACCCAGAGAUGUUCACAUUCUCGGGCUCGGAUGGACAACAGAGAAACUUCCAGGUCCGCCUGGGUUUAGCGAAAAAAGAUGCGACUUAUUUCGUUGUCCUCAUUCUCCAGGUACCUGCAACACCACAGCCAUACCAGCAACCUUCCACGUCGCCCUUUUCACGGGAGUCACACUCUCGAGACUCUCAGUAUGGAUAUGGAUACCAACAACCCCCUCAACAACAGGUUUACACACCGAGCCAGGGUCCUUCGCCAUACGUGCCGAAUCCAGGCUACGCUGAUCAACGAGAUAUGGGUGGAUAUCGAGCUCCCGGUCCCAUUGGCCAGAAUAUCCCUCAGUCUGGGAAUGUGCCCUCGUUUGCACCCUCUCAACCAACCAGACCGGAGUAUUCCCAAGGACAAGCACAAUUCCAGACUCCCCGGAGUGAGUUGGCCCAAGCACCGCAGCAACGUCAACAUGACCUCCAACUUCCGCCUAUUCGAGACCAAGGCCCUUCGAUGGAUCCGACACGUCGAAGAGAUGAUCGAAGUGGCCGCGUUGACAUCGGUGGUCUUCUCGAGAAACCCAAUCCUGCACGAAGUGGAAUUUAG